ACGCCACUGUCCUGCAAGUGCUUCCACGUGCCACAUCCACCGCCAACAUGAAGCUGAUCAUCGUCGCCUGCCUGGUCGCCAUGGCCUUGGCUGCUCCCAGACCCCAGGACGACGUCUCCAUCUUGAGAGACGAACGCGUCGACCAGGGCGACGGAAACUUCAACUACAACUUCGAACUGAGCGACGGCACCGCCAUAGGAGCUGAGGGAACCCCCAACGAUGCGGGCUCCGUCAACAUCGAAGGAUCUUACAGAUUCACUCUUCCUGACGGUGCAGUAGUCGAAAUCACCUACGUGGCCGACGAAGCCGGUUUCAGGCCCGUAGGGGACGUCAUCCCCACCCCCCACCCACUCCCCGCCCACGCCAUCGAGCAGAUCAGAUUCGCCGAGGAGCAGAGAGCGGCAGGAGUGACUUUCGAAUAAAGGAUUCGAUCCUUCGUCGUCGGCGUCCUUCGGAAAUUGGGAUGAAUGAAGAGUUAUCUUCGCGAUCCUGAAAGUCAAUCUCGUUAUAGGCCUAAUCCGUUUCAUUCCUUGGUCCCAUCUUUAUUUAGUCUCAUUGAAUCUGUUAAGUCCUUAGGACCCCUAAAUCAUUUCAUUGGGAUAGUAUCUCUCUCUCUCUCUCUCUCUCUCCUUACUUGCCCAUGAAGCCACAUCGGCCUAGAUCCAUCAAGCAUCCACAAACCAUUUCUCUCUCUCUCUCUCUCUCUCUCUCUCUCUCUCUCUCUCUCUCUCUCUCUCUCUCCUCAUUUUCACAGACAAACAGAAACCGACCGACCGAACCUUGUUCCUCUCGCCAAUAUUCUCCGGACAAACUCACUUUUCACCAACGAUGAAUUCGACAUUUUUUUUUUAUUUGUGUGAAUGUGUUGUACAUUAUUUUGUAUACGAAGCUGUUCUGAUGUUUAAAAAUGUAAAAAAAAAAAAUCCCCAAUGAUCAGUUCUGCAGAUGAGAAGUAAAGGAAUUAUUUUGCAUAAA